AUGCUCUCCGGAUAUGAAAGAGGUGAUUUGGAAGAACGAGAAAAAGUUUGUUGGGUUGAUCACUUGAUACGCGUGAGAGGUUCAUUGAAUUGUAUAAAAUAUUCUGAAAUAUUUGCUAAAAAUUUGUCUCUUUCCAAAGUUAAUAAAGAUAGAAAUGAAGAUUUACUUUCAACGUCCUCUCGUUCUCAGUCACCUUUACGUACAGAAACUCCCGUUGAUAUGGAUGGUUUAAGUUGGCCAAGUAUAGGUACAAAACAACGUUUAAACGAAACCACCGAACAAAAAAAUGAACGUAUAAAUAAAUUAUCUGAAGCGGUCAAGACUAUUUUAGAAUGUAUCGGUGAAGAUGCAGAACGUGAAGGUUUACAAAGAACUCCUCAUAGAUAUGCGCAAGCAUUGAUGUUUUUCUCUAAGGGAUAUGAAGAAAGCAUUGAACAGAUUGUCAAUGAUGCUAUAUUUGAAGAAGAUCACGACGAGAUGGUUAUUGUAAAAAAUAUCGAAGUAUUUUCUCUCUGUGAACAUCAUUUGGUUCCAUUUACCGGAAAGAUCAGUAUUGGAUACAUUCCAAAUCGACGCGUUAUCGGAUUAUCUAAAAUAGCUCGUAUUGCAGAAAUGUUUUCAAGAAGACUUCAAGUUCAAGAACGUUUGACAAAACAAAUCGCAAUAGCUUUACAAGAAAUACUUAAGCCUCAAGGUGUUGCUGUUGUAAUGGAUGCAAGUCAUUUGUGUAUGUCAAUGCGUGGAGUUCAAAAACCCGGCAGUUCAACUGUGACAAGCGUAAUGCUGGGCGUAUUUAGGGAACAGGCCAAAACUAGAGAAGAAUUUUUAACUUUAAUACGAAAUUAA